GAGCUAAGCGUCCAGUUGGACGGCAGCCGGCGCCGGGGCGGGCCCCCCACUGGCUCCGGUCCCAGAAAGGCGGGCCCCGCGCACUGAAAUCCCGGGUCCGCCCUGCGCCCUGCGCAGACUUCAUCUACGUCCCCGCCAUGGGUCUGGAGCUCUACCUGGACCUGCUGUCCCAGCCCUGCCGCGCCGUCUACAUCUUCGCCAAGAAGAAUGGCAUCCCCUUCGAGAUGCGCACCGUGGAGCUGCUCAAAGGGCAGCACCUGACCAAGGACUUCAGCCAGGUCAACAGCCUGCAGAAGGUUCCCACCCUCAAAGACGGUGACUUUAUCUUGACUGAAAGUGUGGCCAUCCUGAUCUACCUGAGCACUAAAUACAAGACAGCGGAUCACUGGUACCCACCUGAGCUGCCCAUCCGCGCCCGCGUCCAUGAGUACCUGGGCUGGCACGGUGACUGUAUUCGUGGCACGUUUGGUGUGUCCCUGUGGGUGAAGGCGAUUAUACCCCUCAGUGGGCUCCAGAUACCGGAGGAGAAAGUGGAGCGCAACAAAGCUGCCAUGGAUAAAGCGCUGCAGAAACUCGAGGACUGCUUCCUGGGGAACAAGGCUUUCCUCGCCAGCCAGGAGGUGACCCUGGCCGACCUGCUGGCACUAGAGGAACUGGUGCAGCCCUUGGCUGUUGGCUAUGACCUGUUUGCAGGACAUAAGAAACUGGAAGCAUGGCGUAAUCGAGUGGAGAAUUUUCUGGGUGCUGAACUGUGUCAGGAAGCCCAUGGCCCCAUCUCGAACAUCAUGCAACAGGUCGCCAAUAAAACCAUCCCACCGCCUCCCCCAGAAUUCUAUCCAAGUAUGCUGGUUCGUAUUUCCAGGAUCCCUUGAGGAGUUGAUGAUGGAAGCUGAUGAUUGGUGGCCGGGAGAGUAGCAAUAAA